AUGGAGAAAAAUAUACGAAGAAUGUGUGACAUAGAUGAAUCGAGUAGACGAAGGGGUCGUACAAGUCGGACGGCAGAUUUCCUGCAGGCAGGAAUGGCAGGAAUGUGAAGUGGCAGGGACUUAUCGCUAUAAACUCGCUACUUGAAAGUCUUAUUACUGUCUGAAAUGAUCCUGUUAUCUUCAGAAGAUCUUUGUAAAUCCUUGUGAAUUUUUGGGUCUUUGUUGGGUCGAAAAGAGGUGGUAUGCGUAUAACACUGGGAUUUUUUCCACAUUCUGCUAGUGGGAAUGGGAUGUGAGCACUGGGAAGUGGGAUUUCGAAAAAAGAUGGGCUGGGAAAUGCGACUGGUACCCCCCCUUCAGGACCCUCAUUAGAAAUUGACCAUGUCCAUGUUCACUCUCGUUCGUCGGUUUCUUUGUCGUUGAUCGUUCGUUCAUACAUUCAUUACGUUCAUUUUUUUUUUCUUCUUGCCUUAUUCCGACCACUUUUUUGUUAGUUAUUAUGUUCCUUUAAUUUUUUGCAUCCCUAAGUAUUGCUGAUGCAUGCCAUAAUCCUAAGUAUAAUUAACAAACUAAAUAUCUCAGUUAGAAAUACAAUUAUCGCUAUUAAGUUUAUUAGUUUUUUAGUUUAGGUACCUUUUUUGCUUAAAGGUGCUAAAUAGCAAAUUCUCUUUCAUGGUUAGGUGCUUUCUCAUCGACAACUGCAAGUCCCCCACAACUUGGCAAGUUGCUGCUGUUAAGGGUAAGCAAUCGCUUUCAGAGGGGAAAUGGUACAAGCUUCGUUUACGCCUCUCCAAAAGUUUUAUUCAUUGUCAAGUGGAUGGCUCAUCAACGAUGAUCAAAGUCAAAGACAGGAUAAAGAAAACAUAUGAGAUGUUAUUUCUCGCAGGUCUCCCCAAUUCGAACAAGCAGCAAAUACUGGAUAAUAACGAAACCUGUUUUCCAAAGGUUGUUAACUUUUCUGGAUGUAUUGCGGGCCUAGAAAUGAAUAUCGUCACUUCGUCAGGUGCACAGUCGCUUAAUACUACUCAUGCGCAACAGUUUGGAAACAUUUCUGAAAGUUGCACAGAAGCAAAGAGCUUUACCCUCUCCAUAUCCGAUAAGAAUUCUAAAGUUCUGUUUACGGUGAUCUAUAACAACCUAUGCAAUAUUUCAUUCGAAUUCCAAUUUCGAACAUCGCAGACCCACUCAUUUGUUGGAAAGAUUACAUCUCCAAUAUUGACAGCUUUGUUUUUUCUCGAUGAGGGAAAUAUAAAAGCGACAGUACGAUUUGAAAGCAUUGAUAGACAAAAGGCUGAUUUGUUUCAUUUAACCUCCGAUGGAGCUUCCCUUAAUAACAAUCAAUGGCAUAAAAUUACGUUGAAUGCACCUGAUGAAGUCGGAGUCGUCAACCUUUUCAUUGACGAUGAACUAAGGUCGAGUCAUGUACUUGGUAAUAAAAUAGAUUGUUCACGCCUUGCAAAUGUAAACAAAACCAGUUAUAGCAUAUUGCGUUUUGGACGCAAUGCUCGUAACUACCCUGGUUUUUGUGGAUGUCUACGCGACGUUUAUGUAAACAGUAUACCAGUAAACUUUAGCCAUCAUGACUUGUCUAAAGGGAUUUCUGUAGGGAAAUGCCACAAUUCAUCAGAGAAAACUCCAAGCUUGAUUUUUAAGAAGAAAAGUGAAAACUUCCCCCCGUUAUCUUCUACUGUGGUCACAUUUGUCAAUGCCAGGUCUCCAGAUAGUCAAAGGUAUGAACCUACCAGGAACCCAUCUAAUUCAUUCACAGCAGCAAGGAAUAAAAAUACGUCUGGUGGAAACCAUGAAAUACUUCUCCCUACGACGUCACUGUCAAGAAGCAACUCACAUUCCCAUAUUGAUAAAGUGUAUCCCAUUGCUAUUUCCCUUGCAGUUGGUAUUCUUAUGAUAUUUAUUGUUAUGAUGUAUAUCUUUGGAGCAGGGAUUAAAGCUAGGUGCCAAAAGUGUUGCGGGAAUGAACCAGAUGUCGAAGGAAAUACCAAACCAGAUCCCACCAGCGUCACAAUUCCUUUGAAAGAUUGUCCUCCAAGCCAACUUCCAGCUCAGUGUUUCCAGGGUUUGCGUUCGGAUGACCUAGAGCAAGGAUUAAACAACAAACGAACCCUCCCUGCGUCUGCAAACUGUGACCAGGGCAACUUCAACACCCAUCAAAACAUUUACCGAGCAGUAAAGAUGCUCGAUCCAAAUCCGGUGAAAGCUUGGCAAGAUCGUUAUCUAAGCCAAGCAAGUAGAAUACCCAAUUCGAAUUUGCUAACUGUACCUCAAUUCCACUUCAACUGCGUACAUGACUCUAUGAAGACACCAACUCGGAAAAUCUUGUCCAGCAAUCUUCAAGAAGAACUUGAAUCAUCUAGCUUGGCUCCACCUAGGGAAUACGUCACCAUGCAAAAACAAGGCUUUGGAAGAGACCAGUCCGAUACUAUCGUUAAUUUAUCUAACGAAGAAGAGGGAAGAAGACUUCUGACGGUCGCCAACUCGCUAAGUCCCAAGCACCUGUCUAGAGUUUAUUCAGGUCAUGAUUCUUUACCGAAGACUAAGAAAGCAACCAGCCUUUCGUGGGCAUACGGUACGCGCUUUAAUCGCCGUGGAUCAUCUGACACAGAUUGUAGUGACAUAGACAGGGUUAUAAGGAUGCGUUCACGAGGCAAAGCCAUCGGCAGCGAGAAAACCUCGAGUAUCCCACGUAGCUUAAAGGUGUUAAAGUCCAGUGUUCAUGAACAGGAAGGUUACUGGGGAUCGUACAGAAAUCAUUUACCGAAGGGUCGAAGCCUCCGCACCUUUACAGAGGAAGCACAUAUGCUACACUCUCUAAAGGAGGAAGACCGAGAGGUCGAAUCUAGCUGGCGACCAACCUUGUCCAUCUCAAACAGACUUAAAGUCUACUACACGGACACGUACGCGUUGUGGGGUCAAAAUAGGAGACCCUCUCUUCACGAGGCGUCCGUGCGACUAGGAGACUGUGUAACCAUUGGUUCUCAAGUUAGAUCUCUUGAUGGUUACACCAGCAGCUGUCCAGAAAGUAUCAACUGUCUUUCAGAAAAGGAUGACACAGGGCUACACAUUGGACGCUCCAAUCGUCUCACCACUUAUUACUUUUAA